CACGUGACCAAACUGUGGUAAAUAUACAUUAGCAAACCUGUUACAAUUACCUAUGUUACCCGUUAUACACACGACAAACUGAGAUGACACACGUUUGUUGUGUGUUUAUUUCCACAUAUAUAACAGCCGACAAUCUCAGAUCAGAGAGCUAGAAAAUAAUGGCUGUAGUUCUCAACCCAUACAGUCAACAGAAAUCCCAGCUUGGGGUAAUUGAAGCAGGACUGAAAACUUUGAAGAGAGACAAGAAUCUGCUUGGGGACAAUGAAUUCUCCGCCAUGUAUCAUGCUGUGGAGAAACACCACAGGGAACUGAGGCUGGCACAUCUGACAGGAAAAGCCAAGGAUGUCAUGGAGCAAGCAGCUAGGGACACCAAGUUCUAUAACAUUCUGAUCAAGAUGCUCUGUGAGAUAAAGAAGUUACCAAGCAAUAAACAAAAGGAGACUUUGAAGAAAGUUCACAACUGGUAUGUUGGGAACCGGCAUACAUUGGCAACUGGUCCGAAAUUUGGCAAAGAAAACCGCCAGUACGAUGACGACACUGACACCAGGGGUGGGUUCAUGCAGUCCAAAACACCCACAAACAAAACACCACGACGUAUACAUAGCAAGUCGGCCACUUCCUUUUCGAGCUAUCGAUCACGCAAAUUAAAUGUCUGGAAUGCAGUAUCCUGCAAAAAUGAUCAAGAAGACUGUGUUCAUAACCCUGCAUCAGGCGCUAAAGAUAACUACUCUGACAUACAUGGAGGUGAUGAAAGUGUGGUGCCCCCAAGUGAGCCAGCAUCGAGUCGACUCUCUACAACGUUUGGUGGAAAUGAUUUCCUUACCGAUCGUUUUAUGAUGGAGUUGCCAUCCAGUAAGCUCAGCUGGAACCUUGAGUCUCCCCUCCGUAAAUCUCCAUUUGAUAUUCCACAAUUUGUCACAGACUGGGACGGCGCAGACUUUGAUAAUGUACGCGAGAGUUCCCUAAGUCAGGGUACUCUUGACGACCCAUUUCAAGCUGAUCACCAGUCCGCGCCAAACUCAAGUCCGCAGUCUGCGCGUAGCGGGGGCUCUGGAGACAGUUCUGGGCCCGACGUGGGCUCAGUUGACAUGAUGGACUUCCAGAGCGAUGCUCGGAGGCGACUGUCGCGCGGGCUAACGUCCAGCGGUGGCCCGGGACUCGAGUUCUCGGAUAAUCAGUCAACGGAGACGUUUGGUCUACAGAAGCGCAUGGUUCACUCGAUAGCGAGUCUGGUGAAUCCGCACGCCAAGUUGGCUGAGAACGAGGCCAUCAGACAGGAACGUGAAUACAUACGUGAACAGACCAGCGCCAUGAGCCUGCGUGGGCAGAUCAGCCGUGCCCAGUCCUCCAUGUCUGGAAAGCGUCAAAUGACAGAUCUGAGUGCACACAUUCCUGUGCUAAGGGCAGUAAGCGUGGCCAGCAACAAGGGAGACAACUUGACUGCGUUCAACAACUUCAAGAAUGAUCACUUGUAUGGCCAAGACAUUCUCAGCAAGUUAAAAUUUGUUGGGCGGAGCGGAACUGCGCUUGACGUGCGCUACAGCGCGCACGCACAGGCUGAGGAGCCAGAAAGGCACACAAAAGAAGUCAUACACUUGUACAAUAUGUUGUCAAAUACGCCAAAAACAAGUGUGGGCGACUAUGAAUCUCAGAUACACACACAGUCUCUGGAGGAUUUCUAUCAAUCGGCCGAGAACUAUUACCCCACCCACCUGCCAAAGUAUGGUGCUCGGAUACUGAUGAUGUCAGCUCCCACCUCCAGGAUGAAGGGACCAGUAAAGCAGCAGGGACCCAAGGGAGGGGACAGGGGUGGAGUCAAAACAGCUGCACCCAGGGAGAACAAGAACCACGCCAAACAGUCUGAUAAAAAAUCUGCAGGAAAGGCAACUGCAGUAGAUGUGUCUCAUAAACAGGGGAGGAGUCCUCGCUCGCAAGAUGGUGAUGAGGAGGACGAGAUCUUGUACACUGCAGAGCCCUCUGAAACCCAGGUGAAGCUGAACACAGUCGUUGGGCUGAUUGAUCACGUUAAGGAUGAGAUGAACUUCUUCAAAGAAAAGCUUGCACCAGUGCCAAUGGCUGGUUUCCGCCAGCCUGCAAGCACAAGUGUUUCCAGUAAGCCCCUGUCUCGCCCGGGCUCCACUGCCAGCAAGGCCAGUCGCCCAAAGUCCUCAGUGGUACGUCCACCACCCCGGUCACCCAGUCCCCAGGGGAGACCCGGAACACCCAUGGAGACAGAUGAGAUCUUGAUGGGUGAGGCGGAGGUCCCCGCAGACCUCUACAGCAGGGUGCAGCUGCCCAACAGGCCCCACUCGGCCACUGUCAAUCGGGCUGUGGACUGGCGCGGCAAGGUCACACCGGAGGCGGCUAAGAUCAGGUCAAAGAUGCGUUUUGGAGGUCACAGCUAUGUUCAGAAGAUGAAACCUUCCUUGCGUACAGCUGGCUCCCAAAGUGCAGGAAAGAGGCCCAAGACAGCUCCUAUUUCAGUCAAAGAGAAAUGGAACACAAAGGAAAAGGAUUCAGAAAUCAUGUCACUGCCAGAAGUGAAAAUACAGGAGUGUGAUAAGAACGAGCGAGUCCCACAGGCGGCCAGUAACACGAUGACCCAGGUCGACGACCGAGACAUGGACCGAAUCAUGAGCAUCCAACAUCUUAUGGGCUCAAGUGACUCCAGUUACGGCUCGAUGGGCUCAUUGUUCCUGGAUGAAGACUUCCUGCGAUCAUUUAACUCGCGCUACGCACUUCGAUCCUCCUUGAGUCAUGUGACAACUGACUCACAGAACCGUGAGUUCCUCAGUUUUGUCGCACCUACCCCCAGGAUUGUUGUCCCAGAUAGUCGGCCAGGGACAAGAGCUGGGGCCAGGAGAGCUGAUGUAAAGAAGAUCCCAGAAGAAGAACCAGUUUCUGAAGGCUCUGAGACGGAUACUGCCAGUCCUACUAUUCCACCACUACAGCUAGAACAGACUGAUGAGGAUCAAAUAGCAGAAGCCAAUCUGGUACAGACCAGUACCUGUCAGCUUGAGGUCACUGUAUCUGACCAAGAAGCUGUGACCUUCACCCAGACUGAGUCAUCAAGGUCAGAGGUCAACAAAGGUCUAAGUUCAGCAACCAGGGAGGAAGUUGUUGCUAGGGAGAUUGUACACGUGGCAACAGAAGAUCGAGAAGAUGACGUUCAUAUAGAAGUUACGGCUCUUCCUGCCAGUCGACCACCACACCCCCCACCCACUGAUGUAAACGACUCUUUGCAGAAAUUGACCACCUCUGAAGAGUGGCAUUUCAAGUCUGAGCCUGAGAAAAAGCUUGAAACUAGCUCAUACUUAAGUGGUACACAAGAUGUUGACUUUAAUAGGAAACAAACAAAACCAGUAAAAUCAGUGAUCGAAAAACGCCGGCCAUAUUCGGCUUUCGAAUCCCGGACUCUUGGCUUGAGCUUAAGUAUGGCAGGGACCAUAGUGAAACCAGACACGUACUGCUUCAACUGCAUACCGGACGAAAGCAUGAACACUAAAGUGGGCCGGUCUGCUGGAAGGAUGCCUGGUGGGACACAAACCCCGGCUGGGCAAGUAUUGCGCAUGGCCAGACGGCAGAAUGAAUUGUACAAGAAAGCGCCACCAGUGAGGACGCCCCCGUCAAUUCCGAGUUCCCAGCACCUGAUCACUCGACCAUCGCCCAGACAGGGACAGCAGUAUAGCACGGAGCUUGAGCACCACGCACGGAAAGUCAAUAGCCCUCGACACUUCAUGGAGCAAGAUGUUCCUCGGAGACCUAGCUCUGAAACUAGUGGACGCAUCCUACGGGGCAGUCCGUUUGUGGAGCUCCGUAAGGACAGCUGUAGGUCGGCCCCGGCAACAGGUCAUCUUGCAGCAGAUGACAUCAUGGGUUCCUUGUCAGUUAUAAGCCUACGAGCCCCAGGGCGCGCACACACAGCACCCUCCUUGCAGGACAGGAAACAAGAAACGUUGGAGCCCCUGGCGACCCAUCCAGAGGAGUCUCAAUGUGACGACACGGAGACCAACACGCCCGCCAGCUCAGCCCCGGGCUCGGGUACUCGAGCCGCGGCAAGGGUAAAACCAGUCACAGGUCCGGGCAAUACCUCCCUGGCACACAUUGGCAGACCCAUCCCUCAAGUGUCGCAUGUCCCUGAUCCAGAAGAAGAGAGUGAGGCCGUGUUGCGUCAGAAAGAAGCCAAGGCUGCGGUGGACAUCCAGCGUAUCUUCCGUGGGUUUGUGUGCCGCAACUCGUACAGGCAGUUGCUGUGGGAGAACAGGCGGGAGGCAGAGGACAAGAGGAUGGCACUCUUGGAGAGUCAACGGCAAUACCGUAAGCACCAGGGACGUAAGGCAGCCAUCUACAACCGCCCCCCUCUGGACCCAGCCCUACUGCAGUGGGCUCAUGACUUCAAGGCAGUGCAGUUGGAGAAGGCUGGGAGACGGCAGGAGAAGAUGAAUAGCCUUGCUGAGGAAAUGUUAGCCAAUCAGCAGAAAGCAAAGUCCAAGAUUGAGGUCAUAGGCCCUCAUGUGGAAAUCUACGACAUUUACCACCCGAAGGAAGUGGGCCCCUCUAAGAGGGACAUGCAUAAAGCAUCCAUCUGUAUACAGAAAUACAUACGUGGCUUCUUGGUGCGAAGGAGGUUUGAGAAGUUACAUAGAAAGGCCACCUUUGUAGGCUCCACAUGGGAGAGGAUGGUUCGAGACUACAAGACCAUGCUGGUGCGCGUACAGCGCUGGCAUGGGGUUGACAAACCCACAACCCCUUUUGUUGUGGAUCAUAUGCAUGAGUACAUGGACAGUAGAAGAAGAUUUGAGAGUCAGUUUGACAAGAAGGCGUUCAACAGUGAGCUGGAGCUGUCAGAACUGCAGGCGUUCUUCAAGGAGUGUGACCUCUACCCGUCUGCUGCAGAGAUUGAGGAGGGCCUGGAUGUCAUCACGCAAGGUCAGGCCCUGCGUAAGGGAGGCGGGCUGUGCAAGGCUGACACCCUCAGUCUGGUCUUCUACAUCUACGUGCCGCCAGGAACCGGCCUGUCUGGUACCCGCCAGUCAACAUGGAUGAACCCAAUCAUCAACGGACAGGAGGCCAGGAAACUCAUUGAUCAUGCUUUGAAGCAAGAAAACAGAGCAGGAAGUGAAUUUGUGGAGGGCUCUCCACUGAAGCCAUGUGCCGACAUGGUGAUGAGAUCUCGACGGGAAAGACGCGAGGCAGAGGAGGUGGAGAAAGAACGCUUGCGUCUGCUGGAGAAACAUGAACUAGUCGGAACUAGUGACUCUGAUAGCGAUGAACCCAUGAAACACAAAGUGUCAACUUCUGUGGCUAAACAUAAAAAGAAAUGAUGCGCUAGUAGGAUUUUCAGUUAGAAGAGAUUGAUUUGUGAAAGAAGUGCUCUCUGUUAGUUAGAAAUUGUAGGUCAAUGCUGUAACGCUUUUGAACACUAAAUGAUUUGAUGGUGUUUUGCUAGAUGAGUAUAAAAGUGACAGUUAAGCAGCUACUGUUUAAGAUGAUAUGAGCCUUGCUCUGGGAAAAUGGGGCUUAAUGCAUGUGCUUAAAGUGUCGUCACAGAUUAGCCUGUGCUGUCUGCACAGCUUAUCAGGGACAACACUUUCAGCUUGUAUGGUAUUUUUUGUUGAAAGGAAGUCUCUUCUUAGCAAAAAUCCAAUAAGGCAGAAAGUGUCGUCUUUGAUAAGCCAACGCACACCUCACAGGCUAAUCUGGUAGGACUUUACCCACAUGGAUUACACCCUGUUUUGUUCAUAAUAAGGCUAAUAAGUAUGCAGGGAUAGUUAAUUCUGAUUCCUGGUAGUUACUAUGAAAUGUUAGCAUUUAUAUUUGUUUGUCAGUUAUGUCAAAUACAAUAUUGUGACAAACAAUAAGUUUUGUAAAUGAAAAAAGUAAGAAAUAUUGGAAACUAAUACCAAAAAGAACACAAAUAACACAGGCGAAUUGAUGCAAACAUUUUUCAUUGGGUUGAUUCAAUGAGAAAUCUGUUUCAUUGACUGAAUAAGACCGACAUUUAUAACCUUUAAGAAAACAAGGUUAUUGCAUUAUCUUUCUUUUGGACAUUACAGGUCAAUGUGAUGGGUUGAAGGUUUUAUUUGUAUGCACAGUGUGUCUUUAAAUUGCAUUAAAGUAACUGUCACAAUUAAUUUCAAGGGUGCUACUAUGUAUUUGCUUAGUAUUUGAUUAGGCCUGAUGUAUGUGUAUUUUACUCUCAUCCAGAAUUACAAUUUAGUUAAAUGGUGAAGUGAUAAUUUUUAGCGAGGCUGUUUUCGGAGUAAACCCGAGCUAUUGUCAUAGCCAGCUCGUCGUGUUGUGUCGUGUGGUGUUGUCCGCCGGCGUCGAGCUAAAACCUUUACAUUGCCUCUAAAAAAGUGCUUCCACCUACAACUUUGAAACUUCAUAUGUAGUUGCACCUUGAUGAGUUCUACACGCCACACCUAUUCUUUGGGUCACUAGGUCAAAGGUAAAGGUCACUGUGACCUCUAAAAAAAAAAAUCUGACAAGCUUUCGCAGCCAAGCGCGGCACCCGUUAUGCGGUGCUCUUGUUUUAAUUAUUAUUCCUGGUUUAGGUAGUCAUCAAUUAAAUUAUGAAUGUUUGUAUCUUAAAUGAAUGUUCAUUUAUAGUUUGAACACUUUUGAAGUCCAGAAACAACAGUUUUCAAACAGUUCACAUCGCUUUAAUAAUGGGAAAGCAAUGCUUAACAAGAUCACAUUUUGAUGAAGUUUCCUGCUAAAAAAUCAUCAAGUUAAGUCUGUUGCAAUUCAUGUAUUGUGCAGUAAGUUCCGAUAAAUUAAAUGCAGGUAAAGAGCCAAUUCAAUCUACCUACCUGUAUACAUGUGUAUGUUUCAUAUAGAUCUUACAUAGAACUUAGGAAUGACAUUAGAUACUAUGUUCCUAAUUCGUUGUUAUUUGUUAAACAUACUUAAUAGACUCAUGUGACUUGCUAACAAAUUAAGGAUGAAUCUUCAGAAAUAUUCUGCAUUCUGUUUGUAUGCAAUUAUGUGAAAUCUUUACCCUUAUGGAAAAACAUUGUAUAAUUACGUAACAUUUCGUUAUAUUAUAAAAAAUAAUAUGAAUUUGUAUUUUUUAUUAUUUGUAUUUGUGGAUGAUAUAUCAUGUUAAUUUUACGUUUUAUUCAUUUUUAUAAAAUUAAAGACUUAUAUCUGUCAAUAAACUUGCUUGUAUAAUCCUUAAAAUUGCAUGUGCAUUAAGAUUAACCAUGAUUGUGAUAAUGAGCCAUCUGUGAUAGAAGUGUUUAUAGUUGUUAUUUAUGUUUCAGGUAUCAUAAACAAUAUGUUACUCGUGCUGAUACUUAUUCCUAGUAUAGAAUUGUAUAAUAUUAUAAUAUAAUAUAAUUGAGUUGCUCAAAUUCUUAACCAUACUGGCAGACAGUGCCCCAUUGGCUUUGUUUGCCAAUGUGAUUGGUGUUUGUUAUGUAUUACACUGUUGAGUCUUACAUAGAGUUGUUUGUUAAAUUACUAAUUACUAUAAUUCUUAAAAAGGUAAGACAUGUCUGUACAAAAAUCAGUGUGACACAUUUUUUACUAGCACUACCUAACCCAGAAAGUGAUGGUAAACCAUGAACACAUUACCAAAUCUAAGGAAGCAUUGUAGAAUGUUCACUAGAAGAAAUCAUAAAGGACAACAUGAAUUUUAUUUAUUUAAUGCUAUAUAUUUAUUCAUGUUAUAAAAUCGAUAUGUUAAUAUUAUUAUUCAAAAUUAUAUUAUUAUGAAAGAGGCCAUAAUUGAUAAAUUUCAUUUCUUUAGUUUCUUAUAAUAUGAAAUUUGUAGCUUAAAUGUUAUAAAAAAAUGUAUGAAAUGUAUAUCAGAUGUGAUUAUUGUUUGCAAAGUUGCAGUAUAUAAGUAGAACUGUGUUACAGCUUUCUAGGUUAUGUUGCGUUGACAAAAUAUUGAUUGCUCACUAUUAUAACAUAGAUUUGAAUCUAGUAAAGAAGGAAACCUU